GGUGUAAACUAUUUGAUUAAAAAAAAUAAAACAAAAUCAUAUUGUAAACUUCCCGUCAUAUGAUAUCACGAUCUAAUCUAGUGCGAAAUACAUAUCGUAGAAAAGUUGCUCCAACAAAAUUACAGUUCCAGACUUUAUUUCACAGCUACGCUACAACCAUGUCAAAGGGAUCUCCAUAUGAUGCUAAGAUCGAUUCAAUUGAACCACUUUCAAACGGGAAAUGGAUUCAAACAAGAAAAAUUAAGUAUACAGACCCUACUGGGAAACCAAGAGAAUGGGAAAUGGCAGUAAGAACAACUAGAUCAGAAACAACCAAUAUCGAUGCCGUAUCAAUUGCUGCCUUUCUUAAAUAUCAAGAUAAACCUACUGAGAUUGUAUUGACCAAGCAAUUCAGACCACCUACCGAAAAAGUUGUUGUUGAACUUCCAGCGGGACUCAUUGAUCCAAAUGAGUCAGUCGAAUCUACUGCAAUUAGGGAGUUACACGAGGAAACGGGGUAUAGAGGAACUUUUGUCAAACUGUCUUCGUCUUUAAUUGGUGUCUACAGUGAUCCGGGACUUACCAAUGCCAAUAUGGACUUGGCAGUGGUUGAUGUAGAUUUAUCAAACCCAGAGAAUCAAAAUCCAAAAGCGCAGCUUGAAGAUGGGGAAUUCAUAGAUGUUGUUACUGUGCCAAUCGAUGGAUUAUUGGACGAACUCCAUAGAUUGGCCAAGGAUGAAGGAUGUGUUGUUGAUGCCAGAUUGUAUCACUUUGCUGUUGGUAUUGACGUUGCUAAGAAUUAUCUUUAAAUAUGAAGCUACCCCACACUUUGUUCCUGAAACAAUUUCAAUACAUACAUGGAUAGUGGCCCCGAAAUGAUACUAUAAUAAUUAUAUAUUGAAAUUUCAAUUGCUUAUUAUUAAUAAAGUCUAAAAAAUAC